AUGAAUAAAAUCAAUAUUUUUUUCAUCUUAAUCGUCUUCUAUGCUACACUAAUCACUUCAUUUUCAAUUCCAAAUCCAAUCAGAAAGUUCACUAAAAGAGCCCUUGGUGAUAUCGUUGACAUUCCAAUCAGAGAGGUCACUAAAAGAGCUCCCGAUGAUAACGUUGGCAACUAUACUCAAUGUGCAGGCACCUAUCCCAUCACUUUUACUGAAGCGAGUUACACUCCAGCAAUAUGGCAACCUGGUAAAAAUGUCACUGAGCAUUUCGUAGGAGAUAGCACUGUUCCGAUUGAAGAUGGAGCAACAGUAAAUGUAGAAAUCUAUUCAAAGGAUAGUAAUAUAUUUUUAUUUUCACAUUCAAUUAACUAUUGUAUAAACUCCGCCGAGCCAUGUCCAAUUCCAGCAGGUCACUUUGACAAAACGCGUGAAUGGAAAGUGGAAAAAAGCUCACAUCGACCUAAGGGCGUGACUAUUGAUUAUUUUAUGAAUGCUACUAUUGUCAGCAAGGAUAAAACUGUUUUAGCAUGUUUAGAAGGCACACUCACGAUAAAAUACCCUUAA